AUGCCAAGUGCGCUUCAUGUUUACAUCAUGUGCUUUUUUUUUCUCAUCGCACGAGCAGGUCUGGCGGGCAGUGUGGCGGCGUCGCACUGCACGGAGUACUCCCUGGAGGAAGUGCUCACAGCCACCAGCAACUGGGCGAGUGAAAACCAGCUGAGGUUGGGCUCCUUUGGUGACGUGUACUUCUUUGAAGCGCCCUCUUGCCUCACCUUGAAGCAGCAGCUGGACAUCCUUAUUGGUGCAGCACGUGGUUUGGAGUACCUUCACAGCUUUGGCCUCGUGCAUCGCGACAUCAAACCCGCCAACAUACUCCUUGGGGCAAAGAUGCAGGCCAAGAUUGCGGACUUUGGACUUGUGAGGGAGGAGGAGGGCAGCACAGUGGGCACAACUCGAGUGAUGGGAACACCGGGCUAUGUGGAGGCGUGCAUCUCCUCCGACACCCAAACCAGCCUCAAGGACCUGAGCAUGGACGCCCCUGAUCAUGCUGUGCUGUGUCUCGCCAAGCUGGCUCUCAGCUGCACUGUGGAGCGCGGUGCAUAUCGCCCAAGCAUGGCUGGCAUUGCCAACGAGCUGCUUGCUAUCAGGAAUGAGGUGAUGGGAACAGAGGAGCUGAGUGCAGCUAUUAAGGUGGACAUGCAAGCCCUGAAUUUAAAGUCCGUGAUUUUUCGUGGGAAAGGCAUGUACGCUUGGCCUCCUGCUCGGAAGUUUCUAUCAAAUGCGACCAGCUACUGGAGUAAGGUUUUAGGUGGUGGUAACUGGCAGAAGUACUGA